AAUCCCAGGCAGCGUUUAAUUGCAGAGUGCAAAGGCUUUAGUUUGGGCUAAUGAGCUCAGUGCAGGAGCUGGGACUCUUUCACGCACUCUCUGAGAGACAGAAACCCAUAUGGAGUCCUUUACCGGAGGAGCCUCACAAGGCGGCUGGAUUUUAGGUAGAGAGGAGAGAAGAAAUUCAUAAAUUCAGGUACAGCCGAGUAUGUGAGAGAAUAUACCAGAGGCAGGAGACGGAGUAAGAGGUGGAGAAAGAGAGGAGAGCGGGAGAGGGGAGGGGAGGAAACGGGAAAUACACAGUCACACAGAGAGAGAGAGAGAGAGAGAGAGAGAGAGAGAGACUGGAAGCCUGCAGCAGCAAAUGAGACAGAACAACGAGGCGGGAGAGGUAGAAAGAGAGACUGAGAGGGAGGGAGGUGGAGAGGGGCCCUGUCUAGGAGAGAGGGCUACAGGGUGAGGAAGAAGGAGUGGAGAAAAAGUUGGAAGAAGUAGGAGACAGAGGGUCCGGGGAAAGAAAAGAACGGGUGCAGAGAUUAACAACUCCAGUACAGGAGAGGAGAAGAAGGGAAACAACAGACAGGAAGGAAGGGGAGGGAGAAGUCUUGGGUAGAGAGCAGGAAAAAAAAGAGCUGAAGAAAAGUUUUCUUCUGGGAAGACGCAGAUGAGGAAAACAGAGCGAGUGAAUGACUGGGCUAGAGAGAGCAGAGAGGGGAGGAAACCGAUUGUUUUCUAAGGCGUUUUCCACACAAGCCUCUGGACUUCUUUGGACAUGUACACAGACGGUGCACAAACAACGGGACACCACCGAUUUCUUCAGCACAUCAACACCAACGCCCCCUGCUCCUGCCAGCACUGCGUCCACUAUGAGGCGUCCGGCCACCACGGUGGGCUGGGAUACCAAUCAGCAUCAGCCAGACAGACAGACCACCCAUCUCUGGACUGUAGGAGAGACAUCCAGGCUCCUCGGGUUAAAGAUGUAGGAGGGAGAGCUUUCGCAGUGAACAGAGCUGAGAGAAGCGGUCAUCGCAGCCCACAGAGGAGGCCUGUGUUCACAGGGCCAGGCCCUUACAGUCAGUCAGACGACUUGAGCCAAGUUUGCCCCUGGGAGUUGAACCCUGCCCAGUGGACCUACCCGCCGGAGCCUGGGGUGAGACACUACCCGUCUGUCAGAGAACAGUGUGGCUGUGUGGUGCGCAGCGACACCAGGGCACCCCCCUUUAACGCUGGGAUACCACAUCCUCUCCCCCAUCUUCAGGUCAAAGGUCAAGGGUACAGGCACAGGAGGACUAUCAGGUAUGUCUCUGUGGAUGAGGAGGAAGAAAGUUAUGGAUGCACCCCUGAGAACUAUCAUUCGGAGCCACACGACCCCCAUCUGGGUCAUUUACACAUGCCAAAUGGGCAUUGUGGACCAAGGCUUGUGUUCUUUGAGGGAGGGGAGGAAAGAGAUAGCCAUCAGGACCAGGGAAGACCAAAGGGUGGAUCAGAGGAGGGCUGUAACGGACGCGUAGGUUCUCACAAAGGCUUCUUCCCCACUGAAGUCCCACAAAAACACUUCAACCAAAGCAGACAGAAGGGGCCGUGCGUCCCACCCUCUGGCAUCACCAGUCCGGAGCCCUCAAAACCAACAACCAACAGCGACCACCAGCACCAGGGUUCGGAGGUGGUGAAGCAGAAGAGGAGGCAGGGUUCGGUGAGGGAUCAGAUCAGACAAGUGGUGACAGAUCUGGAGGAUGUGUUGGGGGGUUUGAAGCAAGUUCACGUGGAGAUGAAAGAGGUGGUUCAGCAGAUUGAUCGUCUCACAGCCAGAAUCGACAUCAGCGAGGAGGCACCCUGCAUCACUCAGGGGUCGUACAGCAACUUUCAUGGCUCAACUCAUCCAGGAGACCUCAUAGUGGCCCCGCUGCCAGCUCACAAGCCUGCCCCGGUCCAGGUGUUGCAACACAUCGACGAAGACCGCAUCAUUUUAAGAACUAACUCCCCCUCCCCUGUUCACAUGGCAUCAGUUGUCAAAACAAGCCGUUUUACCCCAACCAACCACAGUAAGGACAUGAACCACGAAAGGCCGGGUGUAAACGGUCACCCACCUCACCUGUAUCCCUCCAGAGAGUCCAACCACAUCAGCCAAACUCAUCCUGAGCCCCACCCACAGAGCCUAGACCCCAAGGUCAUUAUUGGUAACAGCACGUCCAAUUCAAGAACUCAGAAGCCUCCUCUGUACCCUCAAAACGGGCGCUGUGGGAAGGGCCCUUACCCGCCUCCCAAGCCUGUAAGGACCCCUGUGUACCCUGGGAGAGGCUGCCAGAGCACCAGCAUGGUGUGAAGGAGGGGGGGUGGUCUGCCCCAGUGCCAUGGGGGCCUGAAACAUGAGACCCUGCUGCAGCGAGUGGAGGUCAGAGUGGGACCAGGCAGGGAAACAACUCAUGGAGCUGAUGCCACUGAGACAAGCUGUCGGCCAGCGGAGACAGAGCACGGCCUGAAGGUGGGGAUAUUUCCAAAGGGAAAACUACCCCAAGAGUCGAACCUGUGACUCACACAAUCACAGAAGCAUGGAGGAGUGGCAGUCAAACCUCUCUGAGAAUUUAUGCUUUUGCUGUUUCGGGUGAGGUAGUGGCAAAUAUUAAGAAGGAUAAACUAUGAACUCCUAUUCAACAACCACCAAUAGAAAGCUAAAGGUACGUUUUCAUGUCAGUGUUAAUUUAUUUGAUACUAUUUUUUUAUUGCAGAUAAUUCUAUUUUCAGGCAGCUUACACCAGUCUGCAUACUACCUAACCUAAUGUAUGCUAUAUCAAAAUUUAUAUCAUCUAAACUAUUAUACAGAUAUUUUACAAUGCAAGUGAUUAGACUGUAGUCUCACUGUGACAGAUAUGCUACAGUAUGUAAGAAGAAUAAUCACUAAGGAGAGAGGCAAGUUGGGGAGGCAGAGCAGAGAUUAACAGAGAUUCCUCACCCCUUUCUCACACAAAUCAAUCUGACGUCUCAAUUAUCUAACUCUAAGAGACACUGCAUUGAAUGCAUCGCUGAAUGUCCCACAUUUCAAUAUGAAAUAAAAGAACUGACGCCAGUAUUUCAUUGCCGCUGACUCUUGGAAAUUAUUUAUGAAUUCACUGAUUCUGAUCGAAGUAUCCCAAAAGGUUGUGGAAGUUGUGGAAAUCCUUCUCGGCCUGAUCUGGAGAUGGCUGUGUGAGAUUUUUCUUGGCCUUAUUCUGUCAGGGUUUCCCGGGCCAGCCAGGCCAACGUCUGUGUCUUUGUUUGUUUAAAUCUUGUCUGAGACUUUCACCACUCUGCUCUCACAAGCUCCUGCUGCUAUCACACCACACCACUUCCCCUCUGGACAGCUAGUAUAAUCUAUACACACGACAAAACAUCCCUCACUUUCUGUCUCUUUUUCUGUGAUAGGGGCGGAUGGUGACAGAUGGAGGAUGACACAUGCAAACUGUUAACCAUCCUGGCCACUUUGUCAUUCGCUGUCUGCAGCCUAUAGCAGUUAUAGAGUAAUUGUGUUAUAAUGGCGAGAGAGAGGUGAGGUUGUGAAGAGUCGAUAAUCCGCUUAAGGUUAGACAGAGGGGCAAGAUCACGCCAGAUGCCAUUAUUACUUGUCAAGAGCAACAUUCAAAACAAAUAAUGUUUUGUUCUUGGCACCAUCUGGAUCCUAUUGUAUCAUGAUUAGAUGACAGUAUUGACUAGGGCUGCGAGAAUUAGUUCAAUUAUCGAUUUAUCUGUCCAUUAAUUUUUUAAAAAUGGAGGCUGGUAGGAGAGGUUUCUUGUAAGGGUCCUAAAUUAUAAAA